UGUGUUUAUUAUGUACAUUCGCAACGAAUUAGAAUCAAUUCCACAUUCUUUUUUGUUAUAAAAUUAUUUGUUUAGUAUUUAGACAGUUUUAGUUCCUUAUUAAUUGACAUAGCUUAAUUCAAUUGGCAUAACAACAACCGUAGGAAAAUAUGGAAAAUAGUGACAAUAUCGACUCGACGGUGAACAAUUCACGGCCAAAUUCCACAGCUGAUGACAACGAAGAAGAUGAGAAAGAUGUUUGGCUCAAUUUGGUAGGAAUUGCUGCCGAUCCGCCGGAUAGACAUGAAAAAUGCGAAUAUUGCCAUCGUCCACAAGUUGUGUGUUGGUGCCGUCGCCAUUGUCUUUGGUUGAAUUGGAUUGAUUUGCAAAGAUUCAAUACCAUUGGAUGACUUGGAUCCAUCCGAUGGCCUAUUCAAUUUGAUUUUGCUCGAUGGAACAUGGCCACAAGCAAAGGGAAUCUAUGCGACAUCACCUUUGUUGCAUAAAAUGCGUCAGCUUCGAUUGGUUAUG